CUAUAUAAGCGGUGCACUUGCUGCAGUUGGUCGUACAGUGGAAAAGUUUAUACUCCCAACGGUGAAAGUAACGCACAGGACUAUCUACAACAAUGAGAGUUUACAACUUGCUGCUGCUCACACUUGUGAUUACCCUCUCUGCUCUGGCUGCAAGCGGAGAGGCACAGAAGCCUGAUUGUACGGAGCACAUUAAUGGCCUUUCCUUUGCGGAUCCCAUCAGCUGUUCCAGCUUCUAUGUUUGUCUGCGCGGCCGUGCGCUGCGAAGGGAAUGUGCUCAUGGCCUUUACUUCGAUCCCAGGACCCAAAUAUGCAACCUGCCGAGCCUUGUGGAAUGCCGCAAUGGAGAUCGCAGUAGUGCUAUAGUCUCUGGGCAUGAUCACGAAGGGCAUUUAGCGGCAUCAAGUGGUAAAGCUCCUUGCGAAACAACUCCAAAGCCCCCAUGUGAUAAGCCAAAGCUAACAACAACACCCCCCUGUGAAAAAACACCCAUCUCACCACCACAAGCAGAGACAACACCCUGCACGACUACAACUUCUACAACUCCUUGCACAACCACAUCGUCAACAACGACAACCACAACCACCACCACAACAUCUACAACAACGACCACAACAACAACACCUUGUACAACGACGUCGACAACAACGACUACAACAACCACUACAACAACAACAUCUACAACAACGACCACAACAACGACUACAACAACAACACCUUGCACAACGACAACAACGUCGACAACAACGUCGACAACAACAUCGACAACGACGUCGACAACAACAACAACAUCGACCACAACAACGACGACAACUCCUUGCACAACAACAACGACAACGACGACAACGACGACGACAACAACAACAACCACAACAACGACUACAACCACAACAACAACACCUUGCACAACGACAACGACGUCGACAACAACAACAACUACAACAACGACCACAACAACGACUACAACAACAACACCUUGCACAACGACAACAACGUCGACAACAACGUCGACAACAACAUCGACAACGACGUCGACAACAACAACAACAUCGACCACAACAACGACGACAACUCCUUGCACAACAACAACGACAACGACGACAACGACGACAACGACGACGACAACAACAACAACCACAACAACGACUACAACCACAACAACAACACCUUGCACAACGACAACGACGUCGACAACAACAACAACUACAACAACGAGCACAACAACUACAACAACAACACCUUGCACAACGACGUCGACAACAACGACGACAACAACCACAACAACAACAACAUCUACAACAACGACCACAACAACUACAACGACCACAACAACUACAACGACUACAACAACCACAACAACAACACCUUGCACAACGACAACAACGACGACGACAACAACGACCACAACGUCGACAACAACAACAACGACCACAACAACGACGACCACGACAACAACGACAACUCCUUGUACAACAACAACAUCAACGACAACGACGACGACUACAACAACCACAACGUCGACAACAACAACAACGACCACAACAACGACGACCACGACAACAACGACAACAACGACAACUCCUUGCACAACAACAACAACAACGACAACGACGACGACGACGACGACUACAACAACCACAACAACAACACCUUGCACAACGACGUCGACAACAACGACGACAACAACCACAACAACAACAACAACAACUACAACAACGACCACAACAACCACAACAACAACACCUUGCACAACGACAACAACGACGACGACAUCGACCACAACAACGACGACAACAACGACGACAACAACGACUACAACAACCACAACGUCGACAACAACAACAACGACCACAACAACAACACCUUGCACAACAACAACUACAACAACGAGCACAACAACCACAACAACAACACCUUGCACAACGACGUCGACAACAACGACGACAACAACCACAACAACAACAACAACAACAACAACAACAACAACAACAACUACAACAACAACACCUUGCACAACGACAACAACGACGACGACAACAACGACCACAACAUCGACGACAACAACGACUACAACAACCACAACGUCGACAACAACAACAACGACCACAACAACGACGACCACGACAACAACGACAACUCCGUGCACAACAACAACGACCACAACAACGACGACAACAACGAGUACAACAACCACAACGACAACCACAACAACGACCACAACAACGACUACAACAACAACACCUUGCACAACGACGUCGACAACAACGACGACAACAACCUCAACAACAACAACAACUACAACAACGACCACUACAACAACACCUUGCACAACGACGUCGACAACAACGACGACAACAACCACAACAACAACAACAACUACAACAACGACCACAACAACGUCGACAACAACGACGACAACAACCACAACAACAACACCUUGCACAACGACAACGACGUCGACAACAACAACCACCACAACGUCCACAACAACCACUACAACAACACCUUGCACAACAACAUCAACAACAACAACGACCACAAAAACGACUACAACCACUACAACAACAAAAACAACAACGACAACAACAACAACAACGACGCCUUGUACAACGACAACAACCACAAAGCAUAUACCGACAACACCUUGCAUAACAACAACAACAGCCUGUAAGACAACUACUAAGGAGCCGUGCACGUCCACAAGGCCCCCCUGCACCACGACUGUUGCUCCAUGCACUACAACAACACCACCCUGUACGACAACAACCACACCGUGCACGACGAAAAAACCUACCAAUAGGGCUGAAGAGGUUGUUAAACCUAUCAUAAGCAACUCAGCUGAAGCUCUGUCUUCCGUGCGCGACUGCCAGGGUCUUGAGGACGGCACAUUCUUCACAAACACCAGACAUUGCCGCCGCUUCUACGUUUGCCGCAACAACCGCGCCAGGCAUCAGCUCUGCCCGGCCGGCCAAUGGUUCGAUCGUGAGCUGAAGGUCUGUCGCAACCGCCGUGAGGUAACCAACUGUGCAGCCAGCCGCAACUAAGUGAUGCUCCGAUUUCAAAUACUUGGACACAAUACUGCAACUGUACCCGGACUUAUCGCAUCUGACCUAACGACAAAUUUUCUCUCUACUACAUAUAUACUCCACUUAAAAAAAAUAACUCACUUCUUUCUAUCAAUCAAAUGUAAUAAAGCAGCAUUUACAAAAACGUAAGAAA